AUGAUAAAUUUAGAGGAUUACUGGGAAGAUGAAACGCCUGGGCCUGAUAGGGAACCGACUAAUGAACUAAGAAACGAGGUGGAGGAAACCAUCACUCUGAUGGAACUGCUGAAAGUGUCCGAAUUGAAGGAUAUUUGCAGGUCUGUAUCUUUCCCGGUUUCCGGUCGCAAGGCCGUUCUACAGGACCUUAUCAGGAAUUUCUUGCAGAACGCUUUAGUAGUAGGCAAGUCUGAUCCUUAUAGAGUUCAAGCCGUUAAAUUUCUGAUAGAACGGAUCAGAAAGAAUGAACCUUUGCCUGUUUAUAAAGAUCUUUGGAACGCUUUAAGAAAGGGUACCCCAUUGAGUGCUAUCACAGUACGUUCUAUGGAGGGGCCUCCCACGGUGCAGCAGCAAUCACCUUCCGUUAUUAGGCAGUCUCCCACUCAACGGCGGAAAACGUCUACCACAUCUUCCACAUCUCGUGCACCACCACCUACAAAUCCAGAUGCCUCUUCUUCUUCAUCAUCUUUUGCUGUACCGACAAUUCAUUUUAAAGAGUCUCCAUUUUACAAAAUACAAAGGCUAAUCCCUGAAUUAGUGAUGAACGUGGAAGUCACAGGCGGAAGAGGUAUGUGCUCUGCGAAAUUUAAAUUGUCCAAAGCAGACUAUAAUCUAUUAAGUAACCCGAAUAGCAAACACAGGCUAUACUUAUUUUCUGGGAUGAUUAAUCCAUUAGGAUCCCGAGGUAAUGAACCCAUCCAAUUUCCAUUCCCAAAUGAAUUAAGGUGCAAUAAUGUUCAAAUCAAAGAUAAUAUAAGAGGUUUCAAGAGUAAGCCGGGCACAGCUAAGCCGGCGGAUUUAACGCCUCAUCUCAAACCUUAUACUCAACAAAACAAUGUGGAGCUGAUAUAUGCCUUCACCACGAAGGAAUACAAGCUAUUUGGGUACAUUGUAGAAAUGAUCACUCCGGAGCAACUCCUGGAAAAAGUAUUACAGCAUCCAAAAAUUAUUAAACAAGCCACGUUACUUUACUUGAAAAAAACACUUCGGGAGGAUGAAGAAAUGGGCUUGACUACCACAUCUACUAUCAUGAGUCUGCAAUGUCCAAUUUCGUACACAAGAAUGAAAUACCCUUCAAAAUCAAUAAAUUGUAAGCAUCUGCAAUGUUUUGAUGCAUUAUGGUUCCUACACUCCCAACUACAAAUUCCUACGUGGCAAUGCCCAGUAUGUCAAAUUGAUAUAGCUUUGGAAAAUUUAGCAAUUUCCGAAUUUGUUGAUGACAUUUUACAGAACUGUCAAAAAAACGUUGAACAGGUAGAACUUACUUCUGAUGGUAAGUGGACAGCCAUAUUGGAAGACGAUGAUGACAGCGACAGUGACAGCAAUGAUGGUAGUAGAAGCCCAGAAAAAGGUACUUCAGUAUCGGAUCAUCAUUGUUCUUCUUCACAUCCAAGUGAACCGAUUAUCAUAAAUCUCGAUAGUGAUGAUGACGAACCAAAUGGAAAUAAUCCUCAUGUUACUAAUAAUCAUGAUGAUAGCAACAGGCAUAGUAAUGAUAACAAUAAUAAUAGUAUCAAAAAUAAUGAUAGUCAUAAUAAAAAUAAUAAUAAUAAUAAUAAUAACAAUAAUAAUAAUAAUGAUAAUAAUAAUAGUAUCGAAAAUAAUGAUAGUAAUAGUAAUAAUAAACAUGAUCAUGGUAGUCGCAGUAAUACUCCCAGUCAUAAUCAUACUAAAAAUUUAAUGAACGAUAAUGAUGACGAUGAUGAUGAUCGACUUAUGGCGGAAAUAACUAGCAAUCACCUUAAAAGUACUAAUACAGAUAUUCUAACUGAAAAAGGUUCAAGUGCACCCUCGAGAACCCUGGAUCCAAAAAGUUAUAACAUAGUUGCUUCAGAAACUACUACUCCGGUGACAAACAGGGUUAUUCCUGAGUACCUCGGAAACAGUUCCAGUUAUAUUGGUAAACAAUUGCCGAACAUUCUGGGAAAAACGCCUUUAAAUGUGACUGCUGUUGAUAAUUCAUCCCACUUAAUCUCUCCAGAUGUUAGCGUAUCAUCCCCAACGCCAAGAAACACCGCUUCAAAUGCAAGUUCGAGCGCUCUCAGUACCCCUCCCUUAAUAAGAAUGAGUUCAUUAGAUCCCAGGGGAUCCACUGUUCCCGAUAAAACAAUAAGGCCUCCCAUAAAUUCCAACAGUUAUACUGCAUCGAUAUCAGAUUCAUUUGUCCAGCCUCAAGAAUCUUCAGUUUUUCCACCACGUGAACAGAAUAUGGAUAUGUCCUUUCCUUCCACCGUGAACUCAAGAUUUAAUGAUCCACGUUUGAAUACCACAAGAUUCCCUGAUUCAACAUUGCGUGGGGCAACUAUUUUGUCGAAUAAUGGGCUUGAUCAAAGGAAUAACUCUCUACCAACAACAGAAGCAAUCACGAGGAAUGACGUCGGGCGACAAAAUUCUACGCCUGUACUUCCCACGUUGCCCCAGAACGUCCCAAUUCGUACAAACUCUAACAAGUCUGGGCUUCCUUUGAUAAACAAUGAAAACAGUGUCCCCAAUCCUCCCAACACUGCAACCAUACCGUUGCAGAAGUCCAGACUCAUUGUAAAUCCAUUCAUUCCAAGGAGGCCUUACUCUAAUGUACUGCCCCAAAAAAGACAACUUUCUAAUACAUCCUCAACUUCACCCAUAAUGGGUACAUGGAAAACGCAAGAUUAUGGAAAGAAAUACAACAGUGGUUAA